CGCGUCAUUAUUGUGUAUAAGUGGAUAUAGCUGUUGAUUGCGGUAUUUGUAUUAUUAGGUAUAUGUGUUAUUUUGGUACCUACUGGGUAGAAGAAAAGCGUGACAUUAUAUUUAUAUUUUAUAGCCAGGCGGCGCUGAACGGACGAUCACGGGCGACAGACAGGCUGUGUGUCUGAGCAUCAGCAGCGCAGCCGCCUCCACAAUGGACGACUACGAGAGCACGCUGCUGGUGAAACAGGAGGUGUUUGUGUACCAGAUCCCGCCGCGAACCUCGGCCAGGGGAUACAGGGCUGCCGACUGGAACUUGGGCACCCCAGACUGGACUGGCCGACUGAAGCUCACCUCCCGCGGCCGCACGUGCAACAUUCGCCUGGAGGACCGCAACAGUGGCGAACUGUUUGCCAACUGUCCGGUGGAGUCGUACCCGGGCGUGGCCAUUGAGGCCGUCACAGACUCGUCUCGCUACUUUGUGCUCCGUAUCAUGGAUGACAGUGGUCGGACUGCGUUCAUCGGCGUGGGUUUCGCUGACCGGUCCGACAGCUUCGACCUGAACGUGGCGCUCCAAGACCACUUUAAGUGGGUGCUCAAGGAGAACCAGAUCGAAAAGGAGAAGUCGGAGCCAACGCAGAAGCUCGACCUCGGCUUCAAGGAGGGACAGACCAUCAAGAUCAAUAUGAAAAUCACGCGAAAGAACCAGGAUGGCGGCGAUGACGAUGACGUGUCUCCCACGCACCGGGCCAAGCCGCGCGGCAGCGGCGGCGGCGGCCUGGGCCUGCUGCCGCCGCCGCCCGGUGCCGCCAUCGCGCCGCCGCCCCGGGCCGCCGCCGCCCCCGCCCCGGCGGCAGCGGCCGCGCCCGCCGCCAACGAGUGGGGCGACUUCACGUCGGGGAACAGUUCGGCACCGUCAGCUAGCUCGGGGUCUGGCUCGGCGGCACCCUCCAACUGGGUCCAGUUCUGAGUGUCCGGCGCACCACCUAAUCACACCCGCGCCCGCCCGGCGUGCCAGGGAAGACGGUGGUAAAACGUUACCUGUCAGUGGUUGAGAAGUGCUGGGCGACAUGAAAAGGCGACGUGGGAGUGUUAGAAGGGCGGCGAGGGCCGACGGAAGUGUUGGGGAGAGGUGGGUGACGGCAGAGAGUUUCAGAUGGAGACCGGUCGAUGUGAGAACUGGGGAGAGUGAUGGAGUGUUAGGAGGGAGGGAGAUGCGAGUUGAAGAGAAGGCGGCGUGGGCAGGCCAGCGUUGUUGGGCGUGACCACUGACCAUCUCACGUUGUCGGUGAUCGGCCUCUUUUGUUACCGAGAUGGCGCUGGCUCCGACCGUUCUCCGAUUAUUGGAGCGUUGUGCCGAGCCUGGUUAGAUGGUCUCUGCGCGACUCCCAGAGUGAAAUCUGCUCACAGGAGGAACCGGUGAAUUUCACGAGUGUCAACAUGACAUGACACUAUGUAAUAUGAGGUGGUAUUGGAAUAGAUACUUAGCCAAAGCACCGGUUGAAUGUCGUGUUCGUGCUGUGGCGUUAAAUAUUGGAGGGAGACUUAUUGGGUAGUUAAAAUUAGCUGUAUCUGAACCGUCUAUCAUUCUAUCGUCUAGUUAUUAGACCAUCUGCGGUACACAACGAACCGCAUCGUCUAUCGCUGAAAAUGAGUGGAGAUUGUUUUCGGUGGAUUUCAAUUUGCACCUUUUUACUUUGUGGUUUUGGAUGUGUGUCGUAGGUUAUCGGCUUCUUGUGGCUUGAUUGCGCUUGGCUUCAUUCUCGCGAGUUUGAUUAUCACUAUGGUUGUUACUCCAUGUAUGCUCGUCGCAAAAUCUGCUUUCUGCUUUAUGCAUCACUUAGUCCUUGGCACAUUUAUGUUCUUAUACUAUAUGUACUGCUUUAUUGCUUUCAUAUAAGUCACGACGUUCUUUUUUCUCGUCGUGACUUCUACUGCAGACCUGCGGCUCGUACUGACGUGGAGUUACGUAGACCGGUGUGUGCUAGGGUGGCACGUGCGCGACAUAUACUGAUGUACUGCAUACAUUCCUAUGGCGGUGUGGUGUCUGUUGUUGGUGGGGCCGGCACCGGCCCGGUCUGGGGGGGGGGGGGGGGGGGCGGCCGGCCCCAUAUUAGGACCACCGUGGCCUCUGUACCACGGCGCUGUAUGUGUGUAAUACAUACACUGCUGAGGCAGGCAACAGUUACA